GUGUGUGUGUGUGUGUGUGUGUGUGUGUGUGUGUGUGUGUGUGUGUGUGUACUUGUAUUUAUUACUUUGUUGGGCCCGGUGACCUGGAGCACACCAACAGUAUGGGGUCCAACAGCCUUGUGGGGCCCAAAAUAGUGGGCCCCACACCGUUUUUCAUUUAAACUGCCUCAGUAGCCUGUCCUGAUAUGCCUCAUGCUUUUUUUUCACUUACCCCACAAAGUGACAAAGUAUGGUUACGUGUGUUACACACUUUUUGCUCUCUAUCGCCCCCAUAUCUGAGAGUGGGGUAUUGCAGCAGAUACACACUACCGGAAGUGUGUGUCGUUUUAGCUCACGGAAGGGAGGAGCUGAUUAGUUUUAGUCAUAAACAGUGUUAAUUCCUUUUGUAAAAUCUAUAAUUCAACAUGUUUGGACUCUGUACCAACUGAAGAAACUCAACAGGUAACUUAUGUUUAUAUUAUUUGACUGUGCAUUUGAUUUAGUUCAAUUCCUACCCAUAUCGACAGAAUGAUGCUUAAUGAAAUACCAUUUUAAUCACACGGCUAAUUGCUAAUAGCCCACGGAAAGGGAGGGGCCAUUUAAAUGGGCUGUUUUACGGCAUUUCAACCGGAAGUUCCACGCGGGUUAACACUGUACAAACGGAAGAACGUCUUCGUGUGAGCAACAGAUCGCUGGUGGCUAAUAGCCCGUGGAAAGAGGGACACAUCACAUUUACUGCAUUUUCACAAGGUUUAACGCUGUCCAACCGAAGUAACGUAAUGUCUUCAUGUGAAUAACUGGUGUGUCUGUGUAUUUUUACUUUUUUAACAUAGCCAUAAUGUCCAGAAGAUGUAAGAGGAUACGGCCUGCAGACGAAGCAAGGUCUUAUAUUUUGUCUUCAAGUGACAAGCCAGAGUUUGUGGAACGAUUUAUUGAUAGAAACAAAGGUAGAGGAGUGUUUUCUACCCAGCCUGUUGAACCGGGAGCUUUUGUCUUAGAAUAUAGGGGGGAACUCAUCACAGCAGAGGAAUGCCAGGCCAGAAACUACACAGAGUUACAGAGCACAUUUCUGUUUGAUUUUGAAUGGCAGCAACGUCACUGGUGUAUUGAUGCAUCCAAAGAAGAUGGAUCCCUUGGAAGACUGUGUAAUGACAAUCACAAAUCUCCCAACUGCUCUAUGAAAAAAAUCAUAGUAAAUAACAGGCCACAUUUAUGUCUAUUUGCCGUGAAAAGAAUUGAAAUAGGAAGUGAAAUUGAAUAUAACUAUGGUGAUGCACAAUGGCCAUGGCGUAACAAGGGUCCAAAGAAGCAGGCUUCUGCUCUAGAGACCGACACGUCCCUGACAGAUCACCCAUCCCAUGAUGACCCAAAAAUGCAUGAUGAAAUCACACAGAUGUUUACUGAAGGGUUUGGCCUGGUAAAUUAUUCCGAAAGUGAUGAGACUGAUGAUGAGAAAGACAACCCUACCUCUUUUGUUCGACAAAAGACAAGGAAUGAAAACAUUCAGAUGGAUGGGGUACCUGAUUAUUCUGACCCUCUGUUUGACUCGAGUGAGAGUAUAGUUGAUGAAACUGAUGAGGAGUCCAGUUCUCAAUCAGACAAAGUUGUUCCAAAGCGAAGGACAAAAAGCAUUUCGAUGGAUAAAGUACCAGAUUGUUCUGUUCCAAGUGAUGAAAGCACAGAUGAGAUUGACACUAUGUCGGAAAUGGCUCCACAAAGGCCAAAGAGAAGCUGUCACCAUCCUAUUCAAAGGCAUCUUGUAGAAUCAGAUGACUCAUGUGGCGAUAGCGAAGAUGAGUAUAUUCCAGAUCCCAGGGAGGAAAGUACAGGGGAAAGCAAUGACAGUGACUGCAGCUUGAAGUUAUCUCUGGAAAAUAAACCAAAGUCAUCUAUUAGUCAAAGCAGAAGCAAGUCAUCAAGUAAGAGCAGGUGCAAGUCUUCAGGUCAGAGCCAAUUUGAGUCCAGUCAGAGCAGAAGAUUUGAAACAAGUCAAGACUCUGUGCAAAGAUUUUCCAAUAGCAGAGAUGAAAGAAGCAGAGAGAAAACAGGGCAAACAUAUAGUAAGAAGGCGAUGAGUGUUUCAGUUCCUCUUGAAGAGCCCUCUGUCUAUGUUAAUGAAGUUUUAAAAAAAGAAGAUGGGUCUAGAAGAUACAACAAGAAGCAUCACUGCUUGUUUUGUAGCCAAGUUGUUCAGAAAAUGUCCAGACACUUGUCACGUAAACACAGCGACGUAGUUGAAGUUGCUAAAGCAUUAAGUUUGCCAAAGAACUCGAAAGAAAGGAGACUACAGUUAGAUUAUAUCCGAAACAAAGGAAACUUUGAGCACAACGUUGAAGUUUUGGAGAGCCGCAAAGGCCAACUCAUCCCAUGGAAGCAACCAAAGAAAAAAACUGAAGGACAAGAAUUUACGCACUGUGUUUACUGCUACGGACUGUUCCGAAAAAAAGUGAUGUGGAGACAUUUUAAGGUUUGCAAUUUUAAGCCUCAGGGCAAAAACUCUAAACGAGGAAAAUCCAGAGUUCAAGCGUUGUGUGCUUUUGCAGAACCUGCUCCAGCUGGUUUUAGUGACGCAUACUGGAAGUUCCUGAGCGAAAUGAACCAGGACGAAGUUGCAGUUGCAGUUAAGGAAGACCGCUGCAUUCUUGAGUAUGGUCUCAGAUUAUUCAGUAAGAAUGAGCACGUAACUAGCCAACAUCAAUAUAUCAGACAGAAACUCAGAGAGCUUGCCAGGCUGGUACUUGAAGCAAAAAAGGUGACGCAUGUGAAGUCAAUAAAAGAACUCAUAAAACCUGAAAAGUACAGUCAGGUUGUCAGAGCUACAAGAUGCCUUGCUGGUUUUAGUGACACAACUGGCAAAUAUAAACGUCCAUCUCUUGCUCGCAAAGUUGGGCAUGGCUUGCAUGCUUUAGCUAUGUUUAUCAAGUCUGAAGGACUGAUGAGGAAAGAUCAACAGACUGCCAAAGAUGCUGAGGAAUUUGCACUGUUAUAUCAAGAAAGUUGGAAAUUUGACAUUGCGAGUCAAGCACUUACUCAGCUUAAUCAGACCAAGUGGAAUUCUCCUCAGGUUCUGCCGUUCACACAGGACGUCCAAAAACUUCAUUGCUAUUUGUCUGACAAACAGCAAGAACUACUUGAUGCUCUUCAAAAAGAGCCUUCUCCAUUAAACUGGAAAGACCUAGCUAAAGUGACCCUGGCAAAUGUUAUCCUCUUCAACCGCCGUAGAUCAGGAGAGGUAUCCCGAAUGCCCUUGUCUGUGUACUUGUCAAAGGAUACAUCAGAAACUCAUGAAGAUGUUAACCUAGCCCUUACAGCACUCGAGCAGAAGCUUUGCAAACAUUUUGUCCGGGUUGCCAUAGUAGGAAAGAGAGGAAGGAAAGUCCCUGUUCUCCUUACUCCAGUAAUGAGGGAAUCACUUGAUGCUUUGACCGAGAAGCGAGAAGAAUGUGGAGUUCUGAAAGAAAAUGGCUUCUUGUUUGCAUUGCCACACUCUGUCCAUUACUUGAGGGGUUCUGAUUGCAUUAGGCAGUUUGUGAACGAAUGUGAUGACAUCAAACAUCCCGAAGCGCUAACUUCAACAAAACUAAGGAAACACAUUGCUACUCUGUCAACCGUUCUAAAUCUGAAAACAACAGAACUCGACCAGUUAGCAGAUUUCCUUGGCCACAACAUUGCAGUCCACAGAAAGCACUACCGUCUUCCAGAAGGCACCCUCCAGCUGGCUAAAAUUAGCAAAGUACUUUUAGCUCUGGAAAAGGGACGGCUAGGAGAGUACAAGGGGAAGAAUCUGGAUGAAAUUCAGCUUGAUGUGACUGAGGCUGUUGACGUGGACAUGGAUGAGUGCUCUCAAGAAGAAGAUGAAUUUAUUCCGGAAGCUGUAGACAGCGUGAAGUCCAUUGAGGAACCAACUUCAACAGUAUAUUUGCAACCAAAAGCAAAGACGGCCAAAAAGAGAGGCAAACAAACUGCAGCCAGAAGAUGCUGGUCCGCCGAUGAAUGUGCUGCAGUGGAAAAGCACCUCAAGAAGUUCAUUACGAGGAACCAAGUCCCUGGAAAAAUGGACUGUGAGCAUUGCAUUGAGGCAGAACCAGAAGUUUUAGGAACCCGAGACUGGAAGGCAGUCAAGUAUUUCAUAAAAAACCGCAUUACUGCUUUACGAAGAAAAGUAGAGUAAAAUAGUGUCCACUAGUGUUCAGCUUGGGACAUGAGUUCAAAGUGUUUUCAGGUAAAGGUCACACUCUAAAAAAUGCUGGGUUAAAAACAACCCAAGUUGGGUUGAAAAU